AUGCCUAGCGGUAUCAGACGCAUGCAGCUCUCCACAAGUACAGCUGCAUUAGAUCUUCAUGCGAGAGGCGUUGGCGUGCAGCGACCGUUCGAAACGAACAGUUGUAAUUGGAGUAGUUCGGAGAACGGAAGCCUCCCCGGCCGGAGAGUUUUGGGGGGAACUUCAACUUCACGACUUGGAAUCUCCCCGUUCCGACUCCGCAACAACUCCGAGAUCCCCUCGACGGCGCAGAAAGUGGUUUCUCCGACCCCAAUCCGACGAGAUAUGGCCCCUCUAGUCCCCACGUUCUCAGCAGAGACUCUUCCCGACCAUGUCAACACCGUCCAGCGCAACUUUCAAGACAAGCGCCGCAAAGGUCCGGCCGUGAAUCUGAAAGAGUGUCAGUUACUCGAGAUGGUGCAAUACUCCUGCAAUCCGCCUCAAGGAGAGAUUCCACAACCGGGUGUCAUUACCUGUGAGCCGAUCGUUCGGCUGUUUCGACGAUGCGCCGGAGGAUUGACGGUGGAAACCACUUCCUGGGAGCCGAUCAGGAUAGCCGCGGAAGAGCGCCAAAAGAAGGCGACGGAGACAAAAUCAUGA